AUGCCAACCGAAACGCCCCAAUACGUAUACGACCACAUCCAAAAACCCUACGACUACAUCCGCACCGCGAGCAUCGCGCUCAUCGAGCGCGAAAAUAUCUAUUCCACCAUCACCCCUUAUAUCCACGGAGCGCGCAUCCUCGAACUAGCAUGCGGCUCCGGCUUCUACACGUCCAAUUUUAUAUCAUGGGGCGCGGCUUCCGUUCUCGGCGUGGAUAUUUCUCCUGUCAUGAUUGAGCGGGCGCGAGAACAUUCACGAUCUAAUCAUGAAGAAGAUUCUAUCUCGUUUAUUCACGCGGAUUGUUCCAUUCCGCGGGAAUAUGAGGGGGGACAGUUCGAUAUUGUUUUUGCAGCGUGGCUUCUUAAUUAUGCUCCUGAUCGCGAGGGCUUGGUGAAUAUGUUUCGGAAUGUGCAAAUGAAUUUGAAAGAAGGGGGGAGAUUUAUAGCGGUUACUUUAGCUCCGUCUUCGAAUCCGGUUGAGGUUGUUGAUGCGGAGGCGAGGAUUAGACCGUUGAGUGAAGGGGGGAGUGGGUAUUUGUUUUCGAAAUAUCUGAGGGAUGUGAAGGAUGGGAUUUUUAUUCAUGUUCGUGCUGAUACGUCCGUGGGAGAUUUGGUUAUUGAGUGUCAUUAUUUGAGAAAGGAGGUUUAUGAGGAGGCGGCGAGGGAGGCGGGGUUGAGGGGGUCUUUGGAGUGGGGGGUUACGAGGGUGCCGGAGAGGUAUUUGAGGGGGGAGGGGGAAGGAGGUGCUAGUUUGAGGGAAUUGAUAUGGAAAUUGGUGAUUCAGAUGAGGAUGGAUCGCGCAGAGGUUUUAGAUAAAUCCGUAAAUGCGAGUUUUCGUCAUGUAUGGAGUAAAUACUCGUGCGGUGGUCAGAAAGUAUGCAACCCCGAAACUCUAUGCACGUACCAGAAGAUGACCGAUUCUGUGCUCUUUGUAUCCUCAUUCUCCAGCUCACUUUCGCAACAACACUUUCAAAAGGAUAAGAUCAUCAACUCCGCAGAAACAAGUCUGUGCUUUUGGCAGCGGGCAUGA